AUGAAUCGGCAGUUGGCAGCUAUAACAGUGUCACAUCGAAUUUCGUAACAGCUCCCACUUUCGGCCACAUACCGUGCCCGUGCCAACCGCAAACAGGAUAUGGAAAACUGCGGCGGGAAAAAUCGGGGAAACAUUACUUGCUGUGCUGGCGAUAAAAACACGGAUUCAAACCCAUGUCGACUGGUGCCAGGCACAAGGAUAGCCCGUGGCUGGUGUGCGCCGGGUCCUGGCCCAACUUGUUGCCAAUACAAUCAAUUUGGCAUGUCGCAUAUUAUUCGAGCUGUCUCACGGAGCGAAAGAAGUAAGCCAAAUUCGAAUUCCCAAGCGCAGGCGAGUAUUUCUCGAUUGGGUGUGAUUUGA